AGUGUUUCAUCAAAUCGGACCCUCCCCGCUUGCCGUAGCCGGUGCGUUGUAAUGCUCUUGUCAUGAAGAAACAUUGGCACUCCUAUUUGACUACCUAUUUAACUUUGGUCUGGAGGAAAGCGGGGGGCGAAAGGUCAAAACACUCCUGUGUAAGAGGUGACUAUUAUAAUAUCUCUGUAAUCAUAGUUCAUUCUGCAAAAAAGUAGAAUCGGUUCACUUGGUUUAUGAUGUUUCCUUUUUUUUCUUUUUAACAAAAAACACAUUGAUAUGAGUUGAAACCAUCACAAAUAAUAGGUAAAUAUAUACCGUAAAAAAUAACAACUGUUAAAAAAUUUACUCACUUGCUAAAAGUGGAACUCUCACAGUAGGGGAGGGUGGGAUAAGUUAACCCAAAGGGUAAACUGAGCCACCCCCUGUUUUUUGGAAAUGGUAAAAGAAAAAAUUGAUCAUGUGACCAAAUAUUUAGGAGAUGGGCAUCCAUUCAUGGAGUCUGUGAAGGUUAGAAGCACAUGGGUGAAGGGGUUAGACAUUUAUUUCCAAAAAAACAUUUUUCACUCUUGAAAGUGAAUUUAGUCUGUCAUAAGUUUAAUUAGAAUUGUGUUCAGACCAAAAAAGAUCAUUUUAAAUUUGUUUUAUACAUCAAUUGUACAUGUGUAACCUGUCUAUGUACUUAGUUGUCUGCACCUUAUGUUUUCACUGUCCUGACGGGAGUGGAACUUUGUAUAAGCCUAUCGGCUUCAUUCCCUCCUUGCACUGUUUUUAAUCUGUGCUAAAUAAACAAAUGCAAAUACACAUACAAAUUGUGGUAUCUAUGAGCCACAACAUGCGGUCAAAAACCUAGCAUAAAAGUCCACCAUUUUAGCUUAGAGGACUAAUAAAGUCAUAAUAGUAGUUCUGGGCUAAGUUGAGCCAGUGACUCAACUGAGAAAGUAAACAAGUCUGAUGAGAGGAUCGGGGUAGGGUAGGGGUACGGCUCAAUUUACCACAGUUAUGUUUACACUUAUUCUGUUGGUUUGCAGGGAUGCACAUCUUGAACACUAGUUAGAGACAAAACUAUGAUUGCCUUGAUGUAGUGAUCUGAAACAUGAAAAAUGGCUCAUCUUACCCCACUCUCCCCUACUAUUAAUCAUUUUGAAAUUUGAAUGAAAUGUUUAAAUUACAUCUUUAUCAGAUAUGAUCAGCAUAAAGUAAUUCUAGAGCUACUUUAAAGGGGCUUGUUCCACUGCACUGUUAUUUACUUGGUGCAUAUGACACAAUAAUUCAGAAGCUGUCCUAUGUGAAAUACUGCUUUUGCAAACGUAGUAGACCACUAGAUGGCGCAGUUCUUCAGCCUAUUCCAUAUUCAGAAAACCAUCAAAGAUUUAAUCAUAGACUGUAUGGAUUUAAUCAAACGAUCUAAAUUUAGUGCCCUUAAGAAUGCCAUCCCACAAUGAGGCUUUCUGCUGUUAUUUGCACUUGUCAGUAUUUUGAACUCUAAUGAGCAAAAAAGUUGUAUUUUUCUUUUAAAUUGGUUGCAAAGCUGAUUAAAAAAACACUCAACCUAUUUUUUUUUAUUUUAAUGACUUUUCAUAUUUGAGCACUAACUCAUCCCUCCCUUCACAAUGUUUUAAUGUUUGUUUCAGAAUGAGAACUGGAAUUUAAAGAUUCCAGGACAGUAUCGGAUUGACUGUAAUAGCUCUCAUGAUGCUGUUUAUAGACUUUAAAGGCAACAUAAUCUGUCAGAAACUACUUCCUUUUGAACUUCUUGAAAUCUCUGUUCCACCAGAAACUGAAGCGUAUGACAAGUCAGUGUCACAGAGUCGACAAUAGACUUGGCUACCAUGUAUACAGACUUAGUUUUGAUGGGAAGCCAAAGCCAUUCACUGUGCCAAGGUCGGCAUUUCAGUCAUUCACUAUGUUUAUUUUGUUGGUAUUCACAAAUUCUAGGUUGGUGUCACGGCCUUGACUUUCACCGAAGUAAAGUUCACUAUUCCAUAAUUCAAUCUGAUUAUAUUUUUCAGCACAAAAAAGAGCCUGACAAUGAACUUUUUCCCAUUGACUUUUCACAAAUCUUUGACUCUAAUCUAAUUCUAGUUUUUCUGACACUUCUCUUCCACACAUACUCCCAAAACUAAAGACAUGUCUUCAUCCUCAACUCUAACUUGUGUUAAGAGCAAACAGACUAAUGCUGAAUGUGUGCAAACAGUCUUUACUAUGAUGAUGUUCAGAAAAUACUCGGUCAUGUUGUCAUAUUUCAUUUUUAAACCUUAUCUCUAUUACUCAACUGCAAGUUAUGAUUAUCACAUGACCUGAGCGACCUCAGAGACCAGAUGAGUUCAGUCCAGUCAUCUGAAAUCUGCACUCUUAUCAGUUUGGUCAUAUCUUAUUAAAGGAUUGUUUGAUUUCUUGGAAUGAAUGUAAAGGGUUUUUGUAGAUGAACUCACCUCAUCUAGUGCAUCAUAAGCACAUUUAUGAAGUUGUAUCAAAACAUCUUUAAAUCCUUAAUACAACCUAACAUUGAACAUACUGCCUUAGAAAGGUGUCAUUUAUAAUGCAGUAUACCUUAAUACAAGAUAAAAACUUCAUAAUAAAAAGAAAAUAUUAUUGUUGUAAUGUAUUUUUUGUCUGAUACUUCAAUUACGGCCUAAAAAUACUGCUUAUAAGUUGUUACAGAGGUUUUUUAGGAACAUAUAAUUGUUAAUAACUUCAUACACUGCUGUCACUUUACUUUAUAAUACAUUGAAUAAGUUCUUUAUGAACCUGUAAAACAGGGUAAAGUUGUGAGUUAUAGAGUGUAAUUAAACCAAAAUAAAAAGAUUCCCUUUUGCAUUAGAUUAUGAACUAUACCUUUAUAAGACAUUAUGCUCACUGUUAAUAACACUUUAUAAACAUUGCUAUGAGCCAUUGUGAAUGACUUACAGAUGCAUUCAUGAGGCCUUAUAAAUGUGCGUAUGAUGCAUUAUAAUACAGUGUUACCAAGAUUUCAAGCAAACAGUAAUAACAGGAUUUGGGUAGUGUGACCUGAUGUUUCUAUUCUGUUAUUUUUUAUGUUCACAUACACUAAGAAGUAAAAGCCUAAAGGGAAACCAAACUUAAAUUCUACUUCCCUAAACUUAUAGAGACAUGAAAAGUAUAUUUAAAGCUGGUAAGAUAUUGGCUAGGCACAAACACGUGAGGAAUUUCAACUUAAAUGGACAUCUACAACCACAUAGAGAGUUUAUAUUGACAUAAUUAUGAGAACAACUAAAAGCCUGUUUUCACAUUGCUUGCAAAGAGGAGGACUCAUCUAAUUAUUUAGCUUUUAUGUAUUUUGGUCCAACACACAAAGGUACACACUGAAACUGUCACUUUAGAGAACCUUUACUGACUUUAAAGCAUCUUAAUUCAAAACCACAAAUUUUAAGUACAGAUUCAAGCAUAAUAAAAACUUAAUUCAAAGUUAUAGUUUGUUCAGGUGGAUAUUUGUCAGAUGGUAGGAGAUUAAACUUUUUAUACAAAAAAAUAAAUACAACCCAACUAUCAGGCAGCUAUAAAUUAUCUGGCUUCAUACCAUGAUCCAAACAACUCUCUCAUUUUACCUUUACACUUCUAAUUACAGACAUACAGUUUUUACUCUGUUAUCACUGUGAAUCAACAUGACUGACAGGAUGUUCAUAUUGUGGUUUCAGCGUGAGCAACACUGAGUGAUUGUGACCAGAGUUUACAUCCUUUCACUGAGAUAAGACCUAGUUGAUCUUAUCUCCACAAGGCUCUAGUGUUGUCUAAUCAUUACUGAAACAUGCUUAAAAAAAGCAAACACAGAAUCCAUUUCAACUGAAUAAAUUUACUAGUAAAGGAAAGUCGAAUAAAGAUCAAAGUUCAGUGUCUUUCAGAGUCACUUGCAGUCUGUGUUGUGGGCUCAUAUUGACAGUGUCUCUCUGUAGAUGUCUUUAGAGGACGAGGCGAAGGUGUUGUCAUAGAUAGUAGAAAGAGACACCUCUGCACCUGGUCUGUUACUGUCCUCUGUGGAUCUGCCAUUUUUCCUGAAAGAGUUCCUGAUCCUGUUGGAGAGGCGUCCGGACACUUGCCUCACUGCCCGGCUGAGCCCCUUGUUCCUCUGCUUCAUCAUCGCCACGUCGUCCUCCAGCUCCUCAGGUGGCACAUCGAUGUUCCCGGAGUACCAGAACACCCACCAGAUCAGACUGAGGAAGAUGAGGAUAGCCCCCGCAUAGAUGAACAAGUCGUGGAUCACCAGCCCUCCAAACACCCCCACCAUCAUGAUCAUGACGCCGAGUAUGUCAUGGGCCACUGCAAACCAGAAUGAGCACUUACAGCGGCCGACUCCUCCGUAGCUUUUCUCCAUGACUGGCUCCACCUGCACAGAUAUUUUCAAGUCUUUUUCCAUUUUGAAUCAAGAUGAGGGAACAAGUCAGAGUGCUUGCAGCUGCAGGAUAGUUUGGAGCUUUUUCCUCACUGACAGAGAAAUCAUGAAACAACCAGCAGCAACACAGGUCAAAGUACAGAGUUGUUAUCAAUGUGAACACGCCCGCUGUGUGACUGCUGUGGAUGUUUCAGAGGAAGAAGAACCUUUUUAUUUCCUUUUCUGUUUGCUACAUUAAUUUCCUUUUUUUCUCAGUCCAUUAAACCCAGAUGAGUCUGGUCCUGCCUGUGGUUUCUGCCUGUCAAAGAAGCUGUGCUUGCCUCACUAUAUCUUAAAUUAUUUGGUGCAAAAAAUAGGAAGUGGUUAAUUGAUCUAUUUUCACUUACAAAAUUAGUAUUUUGUGUUCCAGUAUGAUUUACAUCCUGUAUUCAAAUCCCCCGGCUGUACUGUUUCCGCCUCUGCUUCUCCUUCAGAACUGGGAUCCACACCAGCCCCAUCACCACAAACAGCAGCCCUAUGGACAGGCACGCUGAAGCCACAGAGCGGGGUGCUUCGGUCGCCCCUGAUGACUGGAGCAAGAAGAGGAGUCCACCAGUGGCACACAUUAUAGACCCCAUCACCAUCACAAUGAUGGGCUUGUGGAGGUAGGCCCAUCCUUGGGCCACUGUAGCCCCUCUGUGAGGGUCCAGAUGAAAGCUUUGACCCCCAUAGUCUUCUGAAGGUGAAGUUUCCACUAUUGUUCCCAUCGCUGCUUCACAGAAAAACACUUUUUAUCCCUUUGUGUCUCCUCUCUAGGAUCCUUUACUUCAUGAAUAAUAAAAACAUCAGCUGCUGAACAUCCAUAGACCCCAACUUUCUUCCUGUAGUCCGCCAGAAACGGUCUUUUCUGCUCAGUUGUUUGAGCUUCUGUGCUCUCAAAAAGAGUCUGUAUGGUGCAGCUUGUUUCCAUUCUCCUGUUAAGUAACCCGUGAACACUGUAAUUCCAUAUGGCCCACCACACACAAGGCUUGGAUGAAUACACAGACCCAGCCCACCUGUUGACAACAUUAUCAUCACCUCUGAUUGGCUGGCCACUUAGUGCUCAUCUCAUCAAAAAAGAAAUACAUAUUUUCACUGUUGAGACUGAGGAAAUUAACGUUUCUUCAUCACAUAUCAGCCUCUGUAUAAACUUCAUCUAUACAGCAUACAACAUAAAGAUGCUGCAGAGCUUGCAGUCUUAUGGGGAACAUAGUUCUGCCAGUGUAGCAUUAUUGCAUGCAAGUAGUGAGAGCAGCUGUACAAGCCCAGGCAUAAUCUCAUUAACAAAAGGCUGGUCAUCUGAUACACAUGCUCAGCUCUGACGGCAGGGAGCUCUCAAGGCUAAUACACUUCAGGUGAUGAGAGUACACAAAAGGUGUAUAAAAACAUUCAGUUCUCAGUUUAGUCAGGCAGAAACGGUCUUUGUAAUGUUACAACACCUCAAAUUUUUUACUUGGUCGGCAGAGAAGUCCAGUGGUGUACUGAGGGGGGGAAACUGAGCCCUCUGGUAACCUCAUGUCUGAAAUGAGGCAUCAAAAUGGGUCAUCUUGGAUCCUUCAGGUGGCUGAUAAGACCUUAUUAAACGUCCAUUUGAAGCCCUUUCAGUGAUCCACGUACUCCCAUAGCUGCCCCUCCAGUAGAAAUACAUAAAAAGUACCCUCUGAAUGCAUUUUCAGAGGACAAAACAUAAGAGGGUGGUACGUUACAGUGCUCCCUCGAUGCCCUAUCAAUACAUAAAACACAGAAAAGGCCCAACAGAUGCUGUGAAGAGUGGAUUGAAUGUAAACCAGUGCCCUCUACAUGACCCUCUGGCAGAUUGAACAAUGAAGAUUUUCCGGAUGCCCUUCCAGCUGAUUAAAUGACAAAACAUGCCCUCUUACUGCCAUUUCAGUUGAUAAUACAGAGAAAGUACGAUUUAGAUGCCCUGUAGAUAAAAAGUACCCCGUUUGAGGCCCUCCUUUAGAUUAAAUAGAAGGCACCUUCUACUACCUUGUUGUCUAGGUUUGAAUAUCACGCAAGUUUUGAGAGUUUAGUUCCAA